CUGUGAGGCGCCGGCUCAGCGUAGGGACCCGAGCGCGCAGAGCAUGAGCUUGGGGCCCGCCGGAGCGCGCCCGGGGGAGACAGCCGGGGAUCAUCACUGAAGUACGGGACUGGGACUAGGGCUGCGACCGGGACGCUGGGCCGGGCCGGCCGGCCGGGGCUGGGUACCGAGUGGCCCGCGCUAGCGGCGGCCGGCUGGGCGCAGCGCCAUGGGGAGCCCUCGCGCCGCGCUGCCGCUGCUGCUGCUUCUGCGCCCGGUCAAGCUGCUGCGGAGGCGCUUCCGGCUGCUGGUGGUGCUCGCUGUAGUGUCCGUGGGACUCUGGACUCUGUAUCUGGAACUGGUGGCGUCGGCCCAGGUCGGCGGGAACCCCCUGAACCGCAGGUAUGGCAGCUGGGGAGAACUGGCCAAGGCGCUGGCCAGCAGGAACAUCCCAGCUGUUAACCCAAAUCUCCAGUUCUAUCAUCCCCAGAGGCUGAGCCUCAAGGACCAAGAAGUUGACCACAGUAGGAGCAGAAACAGUAGCUACCUGAAGUGGAACAAGCCUGUCCCUUGGCUUUCAGAAUUCCGUGGCCAGGUCAAUUUACACGUGUUUGAAGACUGGUGUGGCAGCUCCAUCCAACAGCUUAGGAAAAACCUACACUUCCCACUGUACCCCCACAUCCGCACAACCCUGAGGAAGCUGGCCGUGUCCCCCAAAUGGACCAACUAUGGCCUCCGCAUCUUUGGCUAUCUGCACCCCUUUACUGAUGGGAAAAUCCAGUUUGCCAUCUCUGCUGAUGACAACGCAGAAUUCUGGCUGAGCCGUGAUGAUCAGGUCUCAGGCCUUCAGCUGCUGGCCAGUGUGGGCAAGACGGGAAAGGAAUGGACUGCUCCUGGAGAGUUUGGGAAAUUUCAGAGUCAAAUUUCCAAACCAGUGAGCCUGUCAGCCUCCCUCAGGUACUACUUUGAAGUCCUGCACAAGCAGAAUGAUGAGGGUACCGACCACGUGGAGGUUGCGUGGCGUCGGAAUGACCCUGGAGCCAAGUUCAUCAUCAUUGACUCACCCUCCUUAUCCCUCUUCACAAAUGAAACCAUCCUAAGGAUGGAUGAGGUGGGCCACAUCCCACAGACAGCAGCCAGCCACGUGGGCUCCUCUGACACUCAUCCCAGGGAUGAACAGCCUCCAGCUGACAUGCUGCGGCCUGACCCUCGGGACACCCUCUACCGAGUGCCUCUGAUCCCCAAGUCCCACCUGCGCCAUGUCCUGCCUGAUUGUGUCUACAAACCCAGCUACCUGGUGGAUGGGCUUCCUCUGCAACGAUACCAGGGCCUCCGCUUUGUUCAUCUGUCCUUUGUUUAUCCUAAUGACUAUACCCGCCUGAGCCACAUGGAGACCCAUAAUAAGUGCUUCUACCAAGGAGGUGCCUAUGGCCAGGACAGAUCCAGCUUCCAGGAGUAUAUCAAGAUGGAUGAGCCAGAGAAGCAGGGCCUGCAGCAGCCAGGUUUUGAGGAGGACCUUCUAGAAGAAUCUCAGUAUGAAGACGUGGCAGAGGAGACCCCUGCCUCCCAAAACCAGGAUACUAGGUCACAAGAGAGAAAACAAAUGUCUACUUCCACCCCUGGGCUGGAUGUCACUGACUACCACCCUCGAAGCCUGCGGAAGCUUCUGGCUCGCUCACACAGUGGCCUGUUGGCACCCUUUUCCAAGCAGAACUCCACAGUGCCCUUUCCAGGGAGGACAACUGACAUCCCAGUCCAGGAGCCAGAGAGAAGGAAGAGAAAAACCAGCCCUGGGCCCAGCCAAGAUUUGCCUCAUCCUGACAAAGGGGCCCUGAAGCUCACAGAGUUGAAACUGUUUCGCAUUCAGAGGCCCCGGCCCACUGGUGACAGUCCUGGGAAGACUCUUGAGCAGUCCCAGUGGCUGAAUCAAGUGGAGUCCUACAUUGCUAAGCAGAGAAGGGGUGACGAGAUGGAGGCUCAGGCCCCCAAAAGGGGUUGGCAUGAGGAAGAGGAAGUGGUGGCAGCUGCAGGCCAGGAAGGAGAAGUUGAGGGAGAGGAAGAGGGGGAAGAAGAAGAAGAGGAAGAUAUGAGUGAGUUCGAGUAUGUACCUGUGUUUGACCCAGUGGUAAACUGGAGCCAGACCUUCAGUGCCCGAAACCUCGACUUCCAAGCCCAGAGGAGUGAUUGGAUCGACCUGAGCUGUAACACAUCUGGCAACCUGCUGCUUCCAGAGCACGAGGCCCUGGAGGUCACACGGGUCUUCCUGAAAAAGCUCAGCCAGAGGACCCGGGGAUAUCAGCUACAGCGCAUUGUGAAUGUGGAGAAGCGCCGGGACCAUCUACGUGGGGGUCGCUACCUCUUGGAACUUGAACUUCUGGAACGAGGUCAGCGCCUGGUACGGCUCUCUGAAUAUGUGUCCACACGAGGCUGGAAGGGCAUCAAUCCAGUUGAUGGUGAGGAGACAGAGGCCCGGAACCUACAGGGCCUGGUCUGGAGUUCACACAGCCAUGUCCUCAAUGUGCAGAAUUCAGAGCCUAAGCUAUGUUGGCCCCAAGGUUUCUCCUGGAACCAUCAAGCCAUGGUCCACUUCAUUGUGCCUGUGAAGAACCAGGCUCGCUGGGUACAGCAGUUCAUCAGAGACAUGGAGAACCUGUUCCAAGUCACUGGUGACCCACACUUCAACAUCAUUAUCACAGACUAUAGCAGUGAGGACAUGGAUGUCGAGAUGGCGCUGAAGAGGUCCAGGCUUCGGAGCUACCAGUACAUGAAGUUAAGUGGAAACUUUGAGCGCUCCGCUGGACUUCAGGCUGGCAUAGACCUGGUGAAGGACCCACACAGCAUCAUCUUCCUCUGUGACCUGCACAUCCACUUCCCAGCAGGAGUCAUCGAUACCAUCCGGAAACACUGUGUGGAGGGCAAGAUGGCCUUUGCCCCUAUGGUGAUGCGGCUACAUUGUGGGGCUACCCCCCAGUGGCCUGAGGGCUACUGGGAAGUAAAUGGGUUUGGACUGCUUGGCAUCUACAAGUCGGACCUGGACAAGAUUGGGGGCAUGAACACCGAGGAGUUCCGGGACCGCUGGGGCGGGGAAGACUGGGAGCUGCUGGACAGGAUCCUCCAAGCAGGCCUGGAAGUGGAGCGGCUCUCGCUCAGGAGCUUCUUCCACCACUUCCAUUCCAAGCGAGGCAUGUGGAACCGCCGCCAAAUGAGGAUGCGGUGAUCCCCAGGGACAGCUUCUUACAGCUUCUUGGCUG